AUGGAAGAAGCCCAACUUGGAUUAGAGGAAGCAGGACCAAGAUCAACGCCACCAAGAGCCGGGCCAGCAAGAUCCAUGCCACCUACAUCGUUGACACCCAUUUUGCCUACUUGUGUUUGUGGGAUGAAGACAGUAAUGAUAACUUCAUGGACUGCACAAAAUCCGGGAAGAAGAUUUGCCAAAUGCGCAUUGGAGGAGGAUGGCUGUGGCUAUUGGGGUUGGAUAGAUGAUGAAAUGUGCGCUCGAUCUACAAUGAUUAUACCGGGUCUACUCAGAAAGAUCAAUGGAAUGGAGGAAAAAAUGGUUGAAUUUGAAAAAGCUGCAAGAAAGUGGGAAGCAAAAGCUGUGAAAUUGGAGGGUAAAAUGAAGCCACUUCAAACUGAAAUUGCCAAGUACAAAUCAGCCAAUAAGCGACUCAUUCGAUGCGCAGUGUUGCCUUGGCUAAUAGUUGUCUUAGCAAUGUUAGUUAUGAGAAUAGAUAAUUCUGGUGGCAUGCUACAAAUUUGUGGCAUCGUUGAAAAUCCUUGA